AUGUCUACAGGAUCUUUCACCUCUGCUCUUUCGGUGCAGGACUUGAAGAGUCUUUCAGCAGACCCUGAUCUUGAAGUAAUUGAUUCUAAUCUCAAGCUAACAUAUGGAGUUUCACGCGGUUCGGUGAAGCUUCGCGAACAGAUCGCCAAAUUACAUUCCUCCAAGGAGAAACAACUUACCGCCGAUAAUGUUCUCCUCACGCCAGGGUCAAUCAUGGCAAAUUUCUUGCUCCUGGACACCAUAUGUGGCCCAGGGGACCAUGUAAUUUGCCAGUAUCCUACAUUUGGCCAGCUAUAUCUCGUCCCAAAGUACAGCGGCGUUGACGUUGAACUUUGGAAGAUGGAUGAGGACAACGAGUGGCAAUUGAAGAUCGAAGAGCUCUCAUCUUUGAUUAGGCCGAACACCAAGGCAAUUAUCCUCAAUAAUCCGAAUAAUCCGACAGGCGCUGUUCUAGGCAAAGAUUUCCUUGAGCAAGUCAUCAGCAUCGCCAGCAAAUCUGAUCUCGUUGUCUUCUGUGAUGAGGUCUUUUCUCCCAUGUUUUUUGACGACCCCAAGCCCCCAUCCCUUGUUUCGCUUGGCUACACGAAGGCUGUCGUCACGGGCUCCAUGUCCAAGGCAUUUUCUCUCCCUGGCAUCCGAGUGGGAUGGAUAGUAACGGAGAAUGAUGAGCUGCUGAAGAAUAUAGCUAUGAAGCGAGACUUGACCACGGUCACUGUGUCGCAGUUGGAUGAUUGUGUCGCUUCAUUCGCCUUGGAUCCUUCUGUAUUUCCGAACCUCAUGCAUCGCAAUAUUUCACUUUGCAAGGAAAGCCGAGCACUGCUUGAGGACUUCGUGGCAGCAAAUCAGGGAUAUGUCACUGGGAUGACACCCGCAGGGUCGGGAACGGCAUUCAUCAAGGUUCUCGAUGCAGACGGCAAGCCAGUCGACGAUUUUGCUUUCUGUAAAUCGUUAGCAGAGAAGGAAGGUAUUUGUGUUGUUCCGGGGGGGCACUGUUUUGGAGAGGGCGAUGGUGAUUUCAAAGGUUACUUUCGGAUUACGCUUGGCACCCCGGAUGUGCUCAAGGAAGCUUUGCCUGCACUUGAGAGGUUCAUUCGACAACGUUCGUUUUAG